GAAGAGCCCAGCCUACUGUACACGCAGCCUGUAGCACACUGCACGCACCGCACGCACUGUACAUACUGUACACACUGCACUCACAGCCUUUACAUACACACACUCACACAGGCUGUACACACACACAGCAUACACACACAGGCUGUACACACACUCACAGGCUGUACACACACACAGCAUACACACACACAGCCUGUACAUACACUCACACACAGCUAUACAACACAACAUCAGCAGCAACAACAGCAACAACAACAGCAACAACAUCAACAGCAGCAACAGCCACCACAACGACGACGACGCCGCCUGUGCCGGGCUCGGGCGCCUUGUGACGCUGCUGCUGCUGCUGCCGCUGCCCAGCAGAGGGACAUGGAGACUGCGAACCCCAACAAGAGGGUGCGGACUGGGGCUGUGUCCAGCUGGGACAUGCAGCGUGCUACGAAUGUGGUGUAUCAGUCUCACCACGUGAGUCGCUCCAAGCGUGGCCAGGUGGUCGGGAACCGGGCCGGGUUCAGGGGAUGCACCAUCUGGCUUACAGGUCUGUCCGGAGCGGGCAAGACGACCCUGGGCUUUGCGCUGGAGGAGUAUCUGGUGGUGCACGACAUCCCCUGCUACUCGCUGGACGGUGACAACGUCCGCCACGGCCUCAACAAGAACCUGGGCUUCACGCCGAGCGACCGCGAGGAAAACAUCCGGCGCAUCGCAGAGGUGGCCAGGCUGUUCGCUGACGCGGGGCUGGUGUGCAUCACCUCGUUCAUCUCUCCCUACCAGCGGGACCGUGAGAAUGCCCGUAAGAUCCACUCUGACGCUGGGCUGCCCUUCUUUGAGCUCUUUGUGGACGCUCCGCUGGAGGUCUGUGAGCAACGAGACGUGAAAGGCCUCUACAAGAAGGCCAGAGCCGGGGAGAUCAAGGGCUUCACCGGCAUUGACUCGUCGUACGACAAGCCGGAGACUCCGGACCUGGUGCUCAAGACGAGCGAGACGACCAUCGAUGAGUGCGUCAUGCGGAUCGUGGAGCUCCUGCAGGAGGGGGGUAUUGUGCCCAUGUCCGCCACAGUGGAGGUCAAGGAGCUCUUCGUAGCUGAGAACGCCGUGAGCGCCCUGCAGGCCGAGAUGCAGGGCUUGCCCACACUGAGCAUCACAGAGUUGGACCUGCAGUGGGUGCAGGUGCUGUCUGAGGGCUGGGCUACGCCGCUGGCCGGCUUCAUGCGUGAGAGGGAAUACUUACAGUGCCUGCACUUCAACUGCCUGCUCGAUGGCGGGGUGAUGAAUCUGUCUGUCCCUGUGGUGCUUCCCGUCUCCACGGAGGACAAACAGCGGCUGGAGGGAGGUGCGGCCAUCGCCCUCGUGUACCAGGGGGUGAAAGUUGCUGUGCUCCGUAAUUUGGAGUUCUUUCCGCACCGCAAGGAGGAGCGCUGUGCCCGGCAGUGGGGCACCACCUGCAAGGAACACCCCUACAUCAAGAUGGUGCUGGAGAGUGGCGAGUGGCUGGUGGGCGGUGACCUGGAGGUGCCGGAGCGAAUCCGCUGGGGUGACGGGCUGGACGAGUACCGGCUCUCGCCCGUUGAGCUGCGCAACAAAUUCCGUCAACUCAACGCCGACGCGGUCUUCGCCUUCCAGCUGCGCAACCCGGUGCACAACGGCCACGCGCUGCUCAUGAGCGACACGCGCCGGCGCCUUCGCGAGCGCGGCUACCGCUCCCCCGUGCUGCUGCUGCACCCACUGGGCGGCUGGACCAAGGAGGACGACGUGCCACUGGCCUGGCGCAUGCGGCAGCACGCCGCCCUCGUGGAGGACGGAGUGCUGGACCCACUCACCACCGUACUCGCCAUCUUCCCCUCGCCCAUGAUGUACGCCGGGCCUACGGAGGUUCAAUGGCACUGCCGCUGCCGGAUGAUUGCCGGAGCGAACUUCUACAUCGUGGGGCGAGACCCAGCGGGGAUGCCUCACCCAGAGAGCGGCGUGGACCUCUACGACCACUCACACGGGGCUAAGGUACUGACGAUGGCGCCUGGCCUCACCUCGCUGGAGGUGAUCCCCUUCAGAGUUGCUGCCUACAACGUGGCCGCCCGGCAGAUGCAGUUCUAUGACGCUGAGCGCCAUGCCGAGUUUGACUUCAUCUCCGGCACGCGCAUGCGUAAGAUGGCACGGGAGGGGGUGGACCCUCCGGAGGGGUUCAUGUCCACGCGAGCCUGGAGGGUGCUCACAGAGUACUACCGCUCCUUAGACAAAGACUAGACAAAGACACACACAGACACACACAGACACACACACAGAGACACACACACAGAGUACUACAGCUCCUUAGACAAAGACUAGACAAAGACACACACAGACACACAACAACAACAACAACAACCGCCAUUCGCCACUAAGUGGCGGUGACGUCACCACGAUGCUUGUGCCAGGCCAAGUGCACCUUGAGGCCACGUGAAGUGUCGAACGCCCGCUGGCAGGAGGUCAUGGGGCAGACCCAGGUGCCACGGGUCGACUGACCGAGAUGACCGAGAUGACUGGCUGAUGCACUACCUGUGCCCCCUACUGUGCCAACUUGCUGUGCUUUAGCCACCCGGCGCUCCGCUCGUUGUUGUGAGCGUCGCUCCUCCGCCCUCCGUUGUUGUUGGAGGGCGACUGCCUCCAACUGCCCAGUAGCGACCUUCACGAGCCUCCUCCACUGAGGCCGAUCUUGACACCGCUGGUACCAGUCAUCGGCAAGUCCACUCAGCUCCACGUCCUCCUGUACCACAUCACUCCAUCUCUUCUCCAGCCCGUGCCGCGCCCGUCUAGCCCCCUCGAUCCGGCCGAACAAAAGCUGUUUAGGCAUGCGGUGGCUGGGCAUGCGGGCUACAUGACCCAGCCAACGCAGCCUUGCCUGCCGGAGGAGCUCACUGAUGGGACUUUGCCCAGAUCUUUCAAGGAUUUGUGAGCUCCUCACACAAUCCAGCCUGGUUAAACCCAGGAUGGAUCGUAGGCAGGCCAGCCUAAAUGUUUCCAACCGGCGAAGAUGCUCCACCAGGGGGGUCCACGUCUCGCAAGCGUAGAGAAGGGAGGGAAUGACCGUGGCCGAGAAGACCUGAAGCUUCGUGCGGAGCGACAGACCAGGUAGCUUCCACACAGCGUUACGCAACCGAUGAAAAGAUAUUGCCGCUCGACUGAUUCGGAGUGAGACCUCUGCUGAUAGACUGGAGCCGGUCAUAAGCACACUGCCCAGGUAUGGGAAACUCUCCACUCUCUCCACAACUGCCCCAUCACCAAUUGGGAGUUGUGGGGGUGGAGUGUCCGAUGGUACAAAAUACCCAGGCAGGUGCUUAGUUUUGGUGGGGCUGAUGGUAAGGCCCCACCUCUUAGUGGCACGCUCCAGUCUCAGCAGCAGCGCCUCCAACUCCUCUUCUGAAUGAGCAGCUAUUACCAAAUCAUCGGCAUACAUAACGUGGUUGACCAAUAGGGAGCCAUCCCUUGAUCGCACCCAGGCGUCGAUCAGCCUCCCAUUAUAUCUGUACCAAAUGGAAAUUCCCCCGGUACAGCUAUUGAAGGCUUCACGAACUACGCGGUCAAAAUAGAUGUUAAAUAAUGUGGGAGCCAGAGGACAUCCCUGUCGCACCCCAAGGUGCACAGGGAAAGGCUCCGACUCCCGGCCACGUAGUUUUACCCGGGCCCGCUCACCAUCAUGAAGGUCCUUAAUGAGCAUGAGCAGGGGGUCAGGGACUCCGAAAGCACGAAGGGGGAGCGGGAGAGCGUCGGCCCAAGGUUGAGGGUUGCCCCAGGCCGUGGCACUCUGGUUGACCCCGUAGACACGUGAUCCGGAGUGAUCACGUGUCUGGGCGGAGCUCUCGAGAGGGAGCUGGAGAAGGCUCCCUCUCGAUCCGAUGGGUCUACCCCCUCAUGGCAGUCUCCUGGCCCGAGUAGAGGACUGUCCACCCCACAUGGUGGCAGGAGCCAGAGCCGGUCCACCCGACCUCCUGAAUGCUACAGAGAUCCAGGCGGUACCGGUCCAGCUCCCGACAGAGGAGUGACAGCCUCUCCUCCGCAGUAAGCGUUCGAACAUUCCAUGUGGCCACACGAAGUGGCUUUUCGUUGUUUCUGGAGGAGUCCCGAGGGUGAAGAUUCAAUCUCCUGGCUCUGCCAAUUGGGGUUUGGCCAGGAGACGUCAUAGACGCCUGUUCCCCCAGGGCCUCCGGCACAAGCUUUUUAAUUAGAUAUUUUUCGCCUGGUUUAGUGGUAAUUUAUUGAAGGUGGAGGGGUUACCAGCCCCUCGCACCAGUCCAGAGCCCCCAUUUAGCCGCUGUGAUGGUCACAGACGCCAUGAUGGGAUAGACGCAUCGGAAUUGGCACUCCCUCCACGGCACUGACCACGACAAUGUUGCCCGUCCGGCACUACGGGGAGGUAGGAGGUUGUUUUGCCGGACUACACACAGACACACAUGCAGAUACACACAGACACACACACAGACACGCACAGACACACACACAGUGACACACACACACACAGACACAUAUAUAUGUUGUGGGUAGAAACGUGGAGCGAAACUUCUCUUGGAGGCAAUGCGUCUUUUCAACAAACGUUAAUAACACCCGCAACACUGAAGGGGUACGGCCCCUUCACCCGAUAACCUAAGGGAGGUACUGCCUCCCUUCCAGCGGGGCCCUACAGGCUCCGCUCUCUCGGGUCCUCCGCUACUGGACCUAGGGGAGGCUGGGCUGACCCGACCUCGCCAGGGUGUACGGGUCUCACCGUUGGUCCGCUACAACGCGGCUCUUACUAGAGCCUCGGUUGAGGGUCCCAGGGUGCUGGCCGAGUGUUCAAGUCUUCAGGCGUCUUCGGGUCUUGAGUGGAUGAACUCUGCCGGUCCCGUUGAGAGGGCCGGCUUUUAUACACAAGUUGGGGCUAAUCCCGCCCCUAGCCACAACCUUCCCCCCCAGAACCAUCCAGAAGUGUCUGGAAGGGUCUGAAAUGAACCGUUGGCCCCCAGCCCCCACCCCCUUGGAGGUCUGGGGUCUCUACCCCCGGUCACGAGGUACCCGGGGGGGGGGGGGGGGUUACUCCAGGUCAACCCCCACACCUCCCGAUCACUCUCUCGGCUGCCCCCUAUCGGCCUGUGAGGGUGGUGACCAUAAGAAUACCCACAGCGCCUUGGUGUGGCGCAACAUCUAUAUAGACACACAUAGACAUACACAUAUAUACAUAGAGACACAUAGAGAUAUAUACACAGAUACACAUAGACACACAUAUAUAUAGACACACAUAGACACACACGUAUAUAUAUAGACACGCAUAGACACAUAGACAUAUAUAUAUAGAGACACAUAGAGAUAUAUACAUACACAGAUACACAUAUAUAUAUAGACACACAUAGACAUACACACAUAUAUACAUAGAGACACAUAGACAUAUAUACAUACACAGACACACGUAUAUAUAUAGACACACAUAGACACGUUUAUCUAUCUAUCUACUCACGGUGUACCGGACCAGCCGAUUGUGAAGGAGCUUCCCCCCUCACCGAUCCCAUUGCCCAAAACCAGAACCACAAAUCUGCACCGGGUAUCGCCGCACCGUGCCGGCAACUGCUCACGGCACGCGCCGAUACGUCACGGCACGCACCGAUACGUCACGGCACAGACAGAUACUUCACCGGCACGGCCGAUACGUCACCGGCGAUACGUCACGGCACAGACAGAUACAUUACCAGCACUGCUGAUACAUUACCAGCACGGCCGAUACGUCACCGGUGAUACGUCACGGCACAGACAGAUACGUCACGGCACUGCUGAUGACGUCACGGCACUGCUGAUGACGUCACGGCACUGCUGAUGACGUCACGGCACUGCUGAUGACGUCACGGCACGGGAACGUAUAGCAGCUUCCCACGAGGGCAACGAGCGACGAUGUCGCGGUGCGUGAGGAGCGGUGGUUGUGGACUACCGCUGCAGUAAGUGCGGUGACGUCACUGCAUUGAAGUUACUGCGGUGACGUCACUGCAUUGACAUUACUGCGUUAACGUCGCUGUGUUAACAUUGACAUUACUGUGUUGACAUUACUGUGUUAAAAUUGACAUUACUGUGUUGACGUUACUGUGUUAACAUUGACAUUACUGUGUUAACAUUGACAUUACUGUGUUGACAUUAAUGUGUUAACAUUGACAUUACUGUGUUAACAUUGACUGUGUUGACAUUGACGUUGCCGUGUUAACAUUGACAUUACUGUGUUAACAUUGACGUCACUGUGUUAACAUUGACAUUACUGUGUUGACAUUGACGUUACUGUGUUAACGUUGACGUCGCCGCAUGAACCACACAGGGUACCCGUGGCGAGAACGUGGAGUGGUGAUCCCCCCGGUCUAAGAUUUGUCCUCACCCCUUUCCGGCAGUGACAAAGCGGUGAUUGUGUGAAGAUGUUGUAACACCAAUUAGAAACUUUGUUUUGCAAAGGAAUAAAUAUACUCGCAUUUAACCAUCA